ACUCUUCACAUCUUUCAUAGCCUUCUCUAAAUAAGUAACGAGCUCCGACCGUUCCUAAUGAAAGGCGACGUUAUUAAGAUGCGCAUCCGCGGGGUGGCUGCUCCUACUGCAUAUCUUCACCUUUGCGAGAGAACGGUACCUCUCCUGAAGUCGAACAUAUUUGGAUUUGUAUGUAGAUGACAUUAGUUGGUCAACUGGGGCAGAAGGAGGAAUGAAGCACCUGGUUCGGCAAAGCCACUCUUGCUUACUACACGAUGUUAGUUGCGCAGCACGGCGCUAUCCGUCGGUCGACAAUGGAGAGAUGGGGACCGUCUGACUUUAUGUUAGCCAGCUACUUCUGUUGCAGCUGCUCGCAACCGAUCAAGUUGGACCCCUCUUUGCUAGAAAAUAUACCAUAUGAAGAAGCUGUUGCUACAGUCGUGGAAAAUGGCUCUCAGAUUUCUCCUCAGAUAAUGGAAGGCAGCACGCCGAGUCUUAACCAUGGAACUCGGUCUUUUCAUCCAACGCCGUCCUCUGUGAACCGCAAGGGAUCGGGAAACAAAUUGUCAAUACCGAUCCAAGAGUCAUUUGUCAUGCUCUCAAAGUCGCAAGUGUCUCCCUUAUUAGUCGCUCCGCAGAGGGGCUCCAAAGGCGGUACUGCGGAGGACCAACAACGAGGGAGCCUCAGCCAUCGAUUGAAAACGGCGGGGAAGCUGUUUGACCUGAUCUCUCAUGUAUCACAAGUCGAUCAUCCAUUAUGCCAAGACUGCGCUGACGAACUCAUAAUAAAGCUGGAAAAGCGGCUAUCUGAGGUUCGGAAAGAAAAAGAAGCUUAUGAAGCAUAUCUGGCAACUUUGGUUGCUGACGAGGAAGCUGGAGAAGGACGCCGUGUGACGGAAGCAGAUGUCGUCAUGUUGAAGGAGCAAGAGCGCAAUGCCUUGGAUGUGCUUAAGGAUCUGGAGAAGGAGAAGGUGGCAUUGAAGGAGGAACUGGAAGUGGCAAAAACCGAGCUGGAGGAAGUGGAUGCACUGAAGCUCAACUACUGGCAGGAAAUCAACAGCCUGCAGGAUGAGCUGCAGAAGUACUACAACGAGCGCGACAGUGUCAACCUCAACUAUGAAUACGUCUCCAAUCAGCUGGAGAAGCUUAAAAAAACGAACGUCUAUAAUGAUACGUUCAGAAUCUGGCAUGAUGGGCCAUUCGGUACAAUCAAUGGUUUUCGAAUGGGUCGUUUGCCCAAUCAACCGGUGGAUUGGAGUGAAAUAAACGCUGCGAUGGGUCAAGCGUUACUCCUUCUCGAUACGAUGGCUAGUAAGCUGAACUUCACUUUCAAAGGCUAUCGCUUGGUUCCGAUGGGUAGCUUCUCAAGAAUCGAAAAGACUGACGGUGACAAGGGCGUUCAUGAACUGUAUGGUUCAGGGGACCUGAAGGGAAUGCUGUUUUGGAACCGCCGCUUCGACAAUGCUCUGGUUUCAUUUUUGAAUUGCCUGCAACAGAUAGGGGACUACGCAGAACAGCGAGAUCCCAAAUUUCGCUUGCCCUACAGAAUCAGCAAAGACAAGAUCGGCGACACCUCUAUACGAUUACAAUUCAAUCAGGACGAAGCAUGGACCAAAGCUCUCAAGUAUAUGCUUAUUGAUCUCAAAUGGAUUCUCGCUUUUUGCUGCACGCGAAUGAACACGAGGGCGUCGUCCAGUAGCGCAAUAUGACCCUCUCUGUCGGUUCGGAUUUUGUACAUAGUCUUAUUACUGUACUGCUUCUCAAUACACGAAUUCAUUCUCCACGGUAGUAUGCGCUGCAUAUUGUCCCAUAUGAACACUGCUAUGUUCUCCGCCGUACUACGAGAUUUCACGGCAAAUAAGAAAACAUAUGACUUGUCUGUUCUUGCGCAUCUAUGUAAGUGGUCGAUUUACCUUGGUUUGUCAUGGAAAUAUUGUACAUCGACAUCCUAGUGAGCAGUGCAUGAGCAAUCCCUUCCUAUAACUUGACAUAUUCAUGGAUAUUAUACCAAGUUUUUAUGGUCCAUCAAAUCGAUAAUAGCGCUUUUCAUGCAUUCCUUGAGUUC